UCUCAACAGCCAGGUCCAGUGUCUUGAGGUUAUUGUGAGAGCCCCAGCUUUUCUGCCUUCUUCAGUUACUUUUCAGCCAACGGAGAAAUGGUCUGAGAGAAGCUGAAGCGUCGAUACUGCCCGAUUGGGGCGCGAAACAGAGCCAAAAAAAAUAAAUUGGUGCAACCCUGUCUGCCCCAAAGACUUCGAAGCCGGCGUGGCGAUUGGACGAGGUAUAGCCUGCGAGAGCUACGAAAACACGGUCAGCGACAAUGCGCUCCCCAAGGCUGUCGGCGGUCAUCGCCGUGGCCUUGACAGCUUCGCCGCUAGCUUCGGCCUCUAAAUCUGUCAAUGUGGGCAUGAAAGCCGCCUUUCAAGCCGGCCCUUACUUGCUUGAGCUACUCGAAACUGCAGCAGGGGAAAACUCGAGUGCCUACUUUCCCCUCCUUGACCGAAUCGCAAGCGGCUACUUCGCGUCAGCGUCGUCUGAUAGCGACUUAUACGAGAAAUUCCUCAACGUGCUUCGUGAUGACGGCCACGUGUCUAGCCCCGAGGCUCUGUCUACACUCAACCUCGCCCUCUCGCUGCGCACGGCAGCGCCGAGGAUAGAGGCCCACUAUCAGUACUACGACACAGCCGUGGAGCCUGCUGUGACCGACUCGAAGUGCCCGGACUGGAUACUACUUGACGGAAAGCAGUAUUGCACACCGGCCAUGGAGGACGUCAUGAAGCACGAUUUGUACAAUUCUGAGGUCAAAGAAUUGCCCUUCGAUCGGACUCUAGGGGCCGGGAGGGAGGCAGUGCUCUACACGGAUCCCGCUUCGCCGACCUUUAGCAAAUUCCACGUUGCGCUCUCCAGGGCAGCCAGGACGAUGGCGCUCAGCUAUCGUGUACGUUACCGCCGUAGUAGCGUUCUGGACGCCCGCCCACUACCUGUCAGUGGCUAUGGUGUCGAGCUUGCACUCAAGAAAACGGACUAUAUUGUGAUCGAUGAUCGAGAGUCGCAUCACGAGUUCGAAAAGCCCCUUGGGUCGGACGCUGUCCUGAACGAGAUCGAAGAGGUAGCCGACCUACAGCCAUUAUCCGCUUCGGAGCUUGGACCUUUGGGGAUAAAGACUGCUUCAUUCAUUCAGCGAAGCACCGAACCGUUCGCGACCCUCGUUAAGGUGACUCAAGAUUUCCCCAGAUACGCUGCAUCUCUCGCAAGCCACAAUGUGUCCCAAGAGUUUUUGGCGGAAGCUGAGGAGAAUCGGGCCAAACUGGUUCGUGGUGGCAUCAACUUCUUGUGGAUGAACGGUCGUCAGUUGAUUGAGCGUCAAAUCGAACCGUUCAAUCUUGUCGAGAUGCUUCGCCGGGAGAGGAUGCUGAUCCGUGGCGUUCGUAGCCUUGGCCUUGAUGGGAAGCAAGCUGUUUCUCUUCUUGGCCAUGAGGCUGUCUCUUCUGCAAAAGAAGAUGAUGAGUCCCUUCGAUACGACUGGACGGACCGAGAGGAGCACGGUCAUGUCAUCAUUUGGCUUAACGACCUCGAGAAUGACGUCCAGUACGCCGAGUACCCAAAGGAAUUAGCGUCGCUGCUUCGGCGGACCUAUCCUGGUCAAAUGCCACCAAUCGGUUUGAACAUCUUCAACCUAAUUAUCCCCGCCGAUAUUUCCAACGAAGAUGACAUCCAAUUUCUGUUACAAGUUAUCUCCAUUAUGAGCCGAGGAAUCCCUAUACGUUUUGGCCUCGUGCCUUCAACAUCAACCCCGGAGGCUUCUGCACACGCCAAGCUGCUUUACUACUUGAUCCAGAAUUACGGAGCAGAAUCCGUUGCAGGUUACCUGCAGGCUCUGGGGGGCCGUCGCACGCCCAUUGCUGAUGAGAGAGUUCUCUCGGCUGCAUUAGCUUCUCAAGAACUACUACCGGAUGGACUGGAAAUGUCGCUACAUGACAUUCUGGCCGCAGACUCAUUUGCUAUGCGAGCAGGUUCUGCCGCGUCCUGGGCUAAGCGGCUUAGAACUGACACUUCAACGCCACUGCUCUUUAUCAACGGUAUUCUAACACCGCGCGACAAGAAAUGGAUGCAAACAGUUAGCAUGAAGAUAGGUGAGGAUCUGCAGAGUAUACAACAGGGCAUCUUCCAUGGCUCGGUGAGCGAAGACACCUGGGUUCCCGGUAUCUUCCUGAAGGGAGCGGCCACAAGACGCAAUCCGUACAUUUCGCCGGAGGACGACAAGUCACUUCGCAUACUGGACGUGAGCAAGAUUUACGAAGAACAUGGCGAACUCCUGGGACAGGUCCCUAUUCUUGGAGCCUAUACAGACUCCUCCAAGGAAAACUGGGCUGUCGUGACGGUCAUCGCGGACGUCAUGAGUGAUGGCGGCCAAGAUCUCGUAUUGGCAGCCUUGGAGUUCAAGCGCAACAACCCUGGAAUACACCUGGAAUUCUUGCACAAUCCGGACGAUAUGUCGACGGCCUCACGCGUGAAUUUCCUCUUGAAGACGAACAUUGAGAAGCUUGCUACUAUUGAGACCAGGGAGAUGCUGGACAAGAUCAUCAACAAGGCCGCGGAUGGCACCGGCUAUGAAAACUACCCUGCAGCGUUAUCCAAUUUUCUCUCCACGGCCAGACUCGGUGCGGGUACACAAUCGAUCCUGCUUAACGGCCGCAUUGUCGGGCCAAUAGCGCCCGAAGAUACGUUUACGUCGAAUGACUUUCACCAUUUGCUCGAGUUCGAGCAGCAGCGACGCAUUCUGCCAGUGUACAACGCAGUAGACGACUUGGGGCUGAGCGAUCGGCUCUCCAGUGCUGUGGCAGCGGCCAAGCUCACUUCCAUCACUGCUCUGUCAACCAUAUCCGAUCUUCCAGAGGGUAUUUUCGAGUCGGCACCAACUAUUCGCUCGAUCUUGUACGAUUCAUGGAACACCACGCACACUGCAAUCGAGGUUGGCGACCCGAGAUCUGCGGAUAUCCACAUCGUGGGCCUCUUGGACCCUGUCAGUGAGAAGGCUCAGAGAUGGGUGCCCAUUCUCAAAGUUUUGUCCGACUUAGAAGGGGUCUACGUCAAGCUCAUUUUGAAUCCUCGGGACAAGAUUGGAGAGUUGCCCGUGAAGCGUUUCUUUAGGUUUGUCAUGGAACCCAAGCCGUCCUUCGACGCCAGCGGAAACGUAGCAGGAUUGAGAGCUACGUUCAGUAACCUGCCAUCGGAGGCGCUUUUGACCGCGGCGAUGGACGUUCCACCGGCCUGGCUUGUAGCGCCAAAAGACUCCGCAUAUGACUUGGAUAACAUCAUGAUGAGCUCCGCGCAAUCCGACGUCGAUGCGACGUAUGAGCUGCAGCACAUACUCAUCGAAGGCCACUCCCGGGACAACGAUGGGAGCCCUCCGCGUGGUGCUCAGCUAGUGCUGUCAACCGAGAGAGAACCUCUCGUGACGGACACGAUUGUCAUGUCAAACCUGGGCUUUUUCCAGUUCAAGGCAAAUCCUGGCUUCUACAAGAUUCAGCUCAAGGCGGGCAGAACAUCCGACAUCUAUACCAUUGAGAGUAUCGGCGCUCAGGGUUGGGAGCCUGUGCACGGUGACGAAGGCACUGAACUUGCUCUCAUGGACUUCCGGGGAUCGACUCUGUAUCCGCGCCUGAAAAGGAAGCCCGGGAUGGAGGAAGAGGAUGUUCUCGAUUCUACCAAAGGCUCUUCUUCCGAUAGCCUCGUCUCCAAGGGAAUGAAAUUUGCCGAGGGACUGCUUGGGGGCUCCAAGAACAAGGACGUUACGAUGCAGGCGCAGGCGGACAUCAACAUCUUUUCUGUGGCCAGCGGACAUUUAUACGAGCGAAUGCUCAACAUCAUGAUGGUAUCUGUGAUGCGCAAUACCAAGCACAGCGUUAAGUUCUGGUUCAUCGAGCAAUUCCUGUCGCCCUCAUUCAAGGAAUUCAUCCCGCACCUCGCCGAAGAAUAUGGCUUCAAGUACGAGAUGGUCACAUACAAGUGGCCACACUGGUUGAGGCAACAGAAGGAGAAGCAGCGCGAGAUCUGGGGCUACAAAAUCCUGUUUCUCGAUGUGCUCUUCCCCUUGUCACUAGACAAAGUCAUCUUCGUGGACGCCGAUCAGGUUGUGAGGACAGAUAUGAUGGACCUGGUCAAUCUGGACCUCGAAGGUGCGCCAUACGGAUUCACGCCCAUGUGCGACUCACGCACCGAAAUGGAAGGAUUUCGCUUCUGGAAACAGGGCUACUGGGCGAAUUACCUCAACGGCAAGCCCUACCACAUUUCAGCGCUCUACGUCGUUGAUCUCCGUCGCUUUCGCGAACUCGCGGCGGGCGACCGCUUGCGGCAGCAGUACCACGCGCUCUCCGCAGACCCGGCCAGCUUAUCCAACCUCGACCAGGAUCUCCCGAACCAUAUGCAGUUCCAGAUCCCUAUCCACAGCCUGCCCCAAGAGUGGCUGUGGUGCGAGACGUGGUGCAGCGACGACAGCCUUGCCAGUGCGCGCACAAUCGACCUGUGCAAUAAUCCGCAGACAAAAGAGCCCAAGCUGGACCGCGCCCGACGGCAGGUGCCUGAGUGGACCGUCUACGAUGAGGAAAUUGCAGCGUUGGAUAAGAGGCGGAAACAGAACAAGGCCACCCAACCACAUGCCCCUGAUUCCAGCGAUGGGACAGAGGCCGUCACCGCAAAGAGUCGGACGGUUGAAGAGGAGCCCGAAAGCGGUCACGUCAAGGAUGAGCUGUGAAAUAACGAUAGAGACAAGCUGCAAAGAAUUAGAGCUGGACUGGGAGGGUAUGCACGAAUGCGAUGCGUCAACUGCUGAUUUCAUGGUGUUCAAACAUUUGUGGAAUUCUUGUCUGUCUUUGGAUUCAUCUCCGUGUAUCAUAGCCAGAAUCCGCAGUCGUUGUUAUAUGCCCUCUGGGUCUCCAGGUCUCAACUCUAUCAGUUUCG